CUGACGGCGAGAUGGCAUCCCCUGCACCCUGACUAGAAUCGAUACAUGCGACUGCCGACCCUGUCGGUCACGGGUGCAUCUCCCCCGACCUUCGCGCUCAUCUCGCCCGCUCAGCGUGUUCAAUUGCGAUCCCGGGACUCGAGGAACCAGCGCAACCCAACUUCUCCGAAUCACCUCGCAGCCCAGCCACCGCAACGAUGUGUCCUGAUCCAUCCGAUAACUGCCGCGCGGCGUCCCUUCUACUGCCGUUGUUUUCCGACCGCUGGGCUCCGUGUUGCGGACUAGACGCUCGAUGCGGCCGGCGGCACGUUCUUUGUACGCAGGGCUCUCUUUGUGCCAUGAAAAAUCCAGGGAUUAUCACGAUCAGCGGAGACGGAGGGUG